AUGGCGGCCAAGCCGGAGGUGUUCAAGCGUCUGCCGUCGUGCGUCGUGCCCGAGAAGUACCACGUGGACUACGAGCUCAUCGACCUGCUCAACUUCCGCUUCGAAGGCUCGGAGCGCGUGGAGCUGCGCGUGGCCUCGGCCACGCGCGUCGUGACCUGCCACGCCGUGGAGCUGCACGUGUUCGACGUGUCGGUGGAGGACGCGGCGUCCGCGUGGAAGACGCAGCGCGCCCAGAGCAUCCAGUUCCAGGCCAAGGACGACUCGGUCUCGUUCCACUUCGCCGAGCCGCUCGCCGCGGGCUCCCGCGUGACGCUCAAGCUGCAGUUCCACGGCUUCCUGAACGACCAACUGCUCGGCUUCUACCGCACCGAGUACGACAACCAGGGCGAGCGCCGCGUGCUCGCCGUUACGCAGUUCGAGGCGUGCGACGCGCGCCGCGCCUUCGUCUGCUGGGACGAGCCGGCGCUCAAGGCCAUGUUCGAGAUCUCCAUGGUCACGGACGUGGACCUCGUGGCGCUGUCCAACGCCCAAGUGGUGGAGACGCUCGUGCGGCCGAGGAAGAACGCGCACAUCCGCACCAAGACGCGCGCAGACGUUGGGGGAACCAUGGAGAAGGUCUGGAAGUUUGCCGAGUCCCCCGUCAUGUCCACGUACCUCGUGGCGAUGGUGGUGGGCGAGUUCGACAUGAUCUCGGACCUGACCAAGGAGGGCGUCGUGGUGAACGUGUACACGGCGCCGGGCCAGAGCGCACGCGGACGCUUUGCGCUGGACGUGGCUACGAAGGCGCUGUCGUUCUUUUCCGAGAGCUUUGGCAUCCCGUACCCAUUGAAGAAGCUGGAUAUGGUGUCGAUCCCGGACUUCCUCGGCGCAAUGGAGAACUGGGGACUUGUCACGUACACGGAGACGUUCCUGCUGGUGGACCCAAAGCUCAGCAGUCAUGAAAUCAAGGCUGAUGCGGCGCGCGCCAUUUGCCACGAGCUUUCGCACCAGUGGUUUGGCAACCUCGUGACGAUGGACUGGUGGACGGGGCUCUGGCUCAACGAGGGCUUUGCACAGUUCAUGGAGUUUGAGGCGGCCCACCACAUUUUCCCGGAGUGGAAACUGUGGGAAACGUUCGUACAGGAUAUCAUGCUUGGGUCUGCUUUCGUGAAGGAUGCUAUGGUGUCAUCACACCCGAUCGAAGUGGUGGUGAACCACCCGCAGGAGGCCGACGAGAUCUUCGAUGCAAUUUCGUACCACAAAGGAUCGAGCGUGGUGCGCAUGCUGUCGGAGUAUCUUGGUCGCGAUGUGUUCUUCCGUGGUGUGCACAACUACCUCGUGAAGUUCAGCUACCAGAACACUGUGACCGAGGACUUGUGGGAAGCGCUGGAAAAGGCGUCGGGCCAAAACCUGAAAGACAUGGCGGAUACUUGGACCAAGCAGGUGGGAUUCCCGUUCGUGACUGUCAAGCAGGACGCUGAAGGCAAGUGCGUUCUGGUUCAGGAACGCUUCUUCGCAGACACGAGCCUGAACAGUGGUGACAAUACGCUGUGGGAUUUGCCGCUCACGUUUUGCACGUCAGAAGACCCGAGCUUGGUGAAGCGUCUUGGUAUCUGGGGCGCUAAAACUACAUCGCUGGACAGCUCUACGGCGCCCACGACGCCAUUUGCCGCUGGAGAUGAGAUUAACGAGCACAUUCAGCUGCCAGCAGGCCCCAAGGGCUGGAUCAAGCUCAACCCCAACCAGGCCAGUUUCUAUCUUGUAAACUACUCGCCUGCUCUGUGGAAGCGCCUUGAAAUUCCUGUGAAGGAGCAGCUUUUUGGAGUCCCGGAUCGAGUGAGCCUCCUCAACUCUGUGUUCACCUUCGCCCGUGCUGGUGUGCUGGAACUUCCGGUUGCCCUCGACUUUACGAGUGCUUACGUGGAUGAACACGCUUCGUUGUGCUGGAAGGAGAUCUCGCGCAACAUGGGAUACUAUUCAAACCUGUUCCGUGAAGAGACCUUCUACUCCGAGCUCCAGCGGUACAUUCGCUCGCUGUUCUCCCACGUGAUGAAGCGCCUGGGCUGGGAUGCUGACACUUCCAGGGAAGCUGACGCUGAUGAGGGCGAGUUCCGCAAGACGGUGAUUAACCGCUUGGGUCUCGCCAAUGACAAGGGCGUGAUCAAGGAAGCGAACAAGCGUUUCCACGCGUAUCUCGGCGGCGAUUCCUCUGCGCUGUCGGGUGACUUGCGCGGUGCUGUCUUUGACAUCGAGGUGACGUUUGGCGACGCGGCAAACGCCAAGCUACUGCAGGAAUUGCACAACAAGAGUGACUUCGCCGAGGAGCGCAGAGACUGCCUCGACGCUAUUGGAUCUGUGUCUGGUGCAGCGGCAAAGCUCCAGGUGCUGGAAUGGGCGGUGGAAAACGUUCGCUCGCAAGACAUCCACUACCCGUUCAUUAGCGUGGCCAGCGAUAAGCUUGGUUCGCAGGUCGCGUGGCAGUACGUGCAAGACAAGUGGGACUUCUUGUCCAAGAAGUACUCGGCGAUGACGCUGGGUUCGAUCGUGUGCGGAGUGGUCUCGCGCUUCCAGAGCGAAGCUAUGGCCGUAGAAGUGGAGGCCUUUAUGGUUGACAAGGACACGGCGGGAUACAAGCGCCGCCUCGAUGUGGCUAUGGAGGCAGUGCGUCUUAAGAGCACCGCCUUCUGUCGUGACCGCGAAAGCCUGGCGAAGUGGCUCAAGGAACGGGCUGUAUAA